AUGGAAGACAUUCUUGAAGACCUCAAGAGCUCUGGGACUGAUGCUGCUGUGCACAUGUUUGCCAUGUUUGGGGACAUUAUCAACGUCAAUCGCCUCCACUGUCGCUUGAAAUCAGGAACACAUCAGACAGCCAGCCAAGCAACACCCAAAAACCCAAACUUGCCAUUUGUACUCGCCACGUCCUCUCAACUUUGGUCAGAACAUGCUCCAGACAUUCACAAGAGGAGUUUUCUGGAUAUCAUCGACUCCUGCCCACGCUUGUUUCAGCUGCCAUGGCCGCAUCCUUUCUUCAACAAUAAACAUGUUCGAAUGCAUGUACUCACACUGGGUGUUGACGAAAUUCUAGGUGAAACACGCGCGGGAGGAUGGGCUGCACUUCAUCAGAUGAUGUGCCGAUCUACUGAAAAAGGCCAUCAUCACCAGUGGGACUUCAAAAAAACAGUGUCAGAAGGUUUGCGCCGGGUGCACCAGCUCGUCAUGGACUCGGCCAAACUUCUCAAACCGUCUGAGGGAGAGUUACCAGAGGCCACCGUGCGCAAUUCAGCCCAAGAAUUUGAAACUGGCUCCUUACGACGUGUUGGAGUAUGGCUAUCCGACCAAGUGACUGCCCUCGAUGCAGCCAAUCCCAAAGAACAGUCGCACACGGCACACAUCAAAGGUCUCAAUUUUGUGGUCAAAAGGGCUUGGGAGAUGCUCCAUGGUGCCUCCAUUCUAUAUUAUGCAAUGGAGACCUACAAGCGCAUUCAAGAGGUUAGGAAGCUGCUCCUCCAAGAUCUUGAGGAGUCCAUCAUGAGUCUCAUUGGCUGA